UAGUUUGUAGAGUUAUCAAAGCGUGUGUCAUAAUUGCUGAUUUCAGUUUUCCAUUGUUGAAGUGACCAUGAAUAAAAUAUAAUUGCUGCCAUUUGGUAGACUGAAAAAAAAAAUCAACAGCGACUGUAUAGAAUGCGGACAGGAUAAUUACCCCUAUGAUUGUCCCGUUUGAAGCACUAUUUGGCAAUACGCUCAUUUAAAAUAGUUAAACAUAGUUAACGGUUGUUAUUUGUAAAGGUCAUAUGAAUUGAUGAGAGUUUCAACAGUAUUAUCGCUACACGUUUCCUAACUUGUAAUUGGAUGGUAUUCUGUCACCGCUACUUCUUGUUUCUGAUGAACAGAGAGACAAUCACAUAAAACAUUCCGUCAGAGAAAAGAAAAGGACUUUUAUAUGAAUGAAAAAAAAAUAAUACCCAGCGUAGAUUACUCACUGGCUUAAUACCAUUGUGCUUUAGUGGAGCAAGAUUUAUUGAGUCGUUACAUGUGUUCUAUUCGUAUCGGAUGUGCUGUUACUCCAUGUAGAAGUGUGUGCGAAUUGACAGUGCAUGACACCAUUAGAAAGAAUAGAAAUUUAUUGAACGACACAGUCCCCAAGGUAAGAGCUAACAACCAGAUUGUAUAUCAUCUAUAGGCGGGCCAUAUUCCACACAACGGUGACAAAGUGUGUAAAAAAUUCAUAGUUCAUUUCCUCGUAGAAUUCUCUUUCUAGGAGACAUUUAUUCGCUUCAUACCAUUUUGCUAUAGGCAAUUGGAAUAUAUGUCUCACUCUGACAGAUUUUAAGUGACAUACAUGUCUGUGAUUGUAAUUUGAUUUAAAAAGCAACACUCACUGUAGUGGUUAUAAAAGAAGAGAUUGCAUUCAGUUUAAUGAACGAGACGGAGUAUUUUCCGUCCCAUUGUUAUCCAUGAUUGAAGCACAGAGUUUGGAUUUACUGACUGAGCCGUUGAUUAUCCCAUCACCCGCCAUUCAGUCAGUUCACAAGUUUGCCGCUGCUCCGUCUACCGCAUUAACUAUCAAUACCGGACUAUCAGGACUCGGAACUUCCCCUCUUUACGCUGCACCAGCACCAACUCUUAAGGCAGUUUCUACUGUACCGACAUCGACAAGGCGGUUUCUCGGACCAGGACUCACAAGGAUGCAUCCAUACUAUUACGUUCAAUACGUUCCGUUGGACCUUAAGCAGAAUAUGGAGAUGAAAGUAAACUGGGCCACAUCACCUAGCAACCAACCCAAACAGGACACAAGCAAGCAUUUCCACAUAUUUGUUGGUGAUUUAAGCCCAGAUAUUGAGACACAUCAACUCAAAGGUGCCUUCCAAGUUUUUGGUGAAAUUUCAGAUUGCAAGAUUAUACGAGAUCCACAGUCUCUGAAGUCCAAAGGUUAUGGCUUUGUUUCAUUUGUUAACAAACAGGAUGCAGAAACAGCGAUAUCCAGUAUGAAUGGACAGUGGUUAGGGAGUCGACCAAUCAGAACAAACUGGGCCACAAGGAAACCUCCAGCCCCGCCCACUAAAGAAAAUCAAUUUGUUAAACAGUUGAAUUUAGACGAAGUUAUGAGUCAGUCAAGUCCGACCAACUGCACAGUUUAUUGUGGGGGUAUUAUAAAUGGUUUAACAGAGGAUCUCAUUAGGAAAACAUUUGCAUCGUAUGGUACUAUACAAGAAAUUAGAGUAUUCAAAGACAAGGGAUAUGCUUUUAUUAGAUUUUCCAACAAAGAAAGUGCAGGCCAAGCUAUAUGUGGUGUUCAUGGUCAGGUGGUGAACGAGCAACAAGUCAAGUGUUCAUGGGGUAAAGAAUCAAAUGAUGCCCAACAGUCUCAAUCCUCUACACCACAGAUGAUGGGCAGCCAAUCACCCCAACAACAGUUUAAUGGCAAUGGGAUGGGCAAUAUGGGAUAUGGCAGCUACAAUAUGGGUGGCUAUGGGGGUUAUUAUCCCGGCUAUGGUGGACAACAGGGUUAUAACAUGCAAGGAGGAGGAGGUGGUGGAUAUGGCUAUGGAUACCAGUACGGAAGUAUGCCAAUGCAGGGUCAGUGGGGUAUGCAGAUGCAGCCAGGCCAGCCAGCUCCAGCGUACGGUCAAGGUGGCUAUCAGAUGGGGGUAACUAGCCCGCUCACAUUGAUUAGACCUGCCCCAUGAUAACACACCCAUAGUGUGACCAAUGACAAAGAGCUCAAGACGGCACGGGGCACCCUUCAGAAGAUUCCAGGCACAAUGAAGAACCGCAAAGAAAACGUAUGAGACGUGAUCGCGAUUAUGAUCAGGAUUAUUAAAAUAUAAAAAUCGACAUCAAAAAACUUAACAUCACAUUGUUUGAGGUCUCCGCUGAAAACAACAACAACAACAUCGUCAUCUAUCUUACCAUCAUCAUUUCCAUUACGUGACAGUGGAUUCCACUGGAACAUCGCCAUCUUCAUCGUAACAUUGAGAGACUUCCAUUACCUUUCAUCAGUAAACAAAAUAAAAAUUAAAUAUGAACUGAUCAUACUUGAUCAUUGUUGGUGAAAGGGAAUAAAAAAUAUUAUGAUUUAUUGACUCGAAAAAACUGUUUUUAUGAUUAAUGCGGUUAAUGAUAAUUUGUUCAAAUGUGGACAAGGGUAUUGGAUAUUGAAGCCUGGAAACUGUAGGGAGUAGAUUUGGAAAGAAUCUACUAAGAAAUUCCUCUGUGCUGUCUUUGAAAGACAAAAAAAGUGACAGACUUUGAGUGAAGGACACUUAGAUAAUUCCGUGAAUUUUGCUCUAUGCGCGUGUCGUUUGACACACAAAUAUGUUCAUGUGUAAAUAGAUAAUACAUUGUGAAAAAAAAAAUAGUCUUUGAUAAAUUAUAUAGAAUGAUGUAAAAAUGAUGUUAUAUUGUGAGCGUGUGUGUGUGCAUGUGUGUAUGUGAGGACGGUGGAAUAAAACUGAGGACCUGUAAAUGAAUGAUCGAGGGGAUUGUGGAAGUAGAUUAAUGUUUUACAAGAUAAUAAAAGAUAUAGUUGGGAAGCAAAAUAUUAUCAAAAAUUACACCUUAAAUACUAAAAAAAAAACUGAUUUAUAGAAUAAAACUGAUUUAACUUUAAAGUUAGAUUAACUUAAAAAUUUUCAAUAUUAAACUGAUAUUUCUAAGAUGAUAUUGGAAUUAAUUUGAUAUCUUGUUUGGUCGUGCAAUUACUAACUAAAACUGUAUACAAGGAAUGUAGUUCUUUCAGAAAUGUGUGCUCACUGAUGUUAACUGUAUAUCAGAAUUAAGACUGUCUCGAUGAAUGGCAGGUUUUUUAAGAUGAUUUUGUACAUAAAUUAAAAUUUGGGAUUUUUGUUUUUUUGCAUUAGAGGUAUGUUCUGUUUGUUGGUGAAAAUGAUGUGUUGGUCGUUAACGUCUGCUGUAUAUUUUAUUAUGGUGUUUAAAUGAAACAGUUUGAUAUGUUAUAACAAUAUGUGUACAGUAGAAGGAUUAAUGUAAUGGUGUAGUAUCAUUCUGUCAAUUUUUUAAGCCAUGAAAUAUUGUCAUAUAUGUUCUCUGUCAUAGGGUAAAAUAGAAACAACAUAAUUCAACUUGUAUGAUAGUUCAUGUUAAUAAUGACAUAAUUUCCGUGGAUAAGGUUUUUUCUUUUACAUAAAGUCUCUGCAAUUUUUGUACCUAAAAAUAAAACUUAUCAAAAAAGUUUGAAAAAUAAAUAAAAAUUUAAUUAUUUUUUUUUUAAAUGUAAAAUAUCUUUGUUGAGUUUUGAGUUACCUUGUAGUACUAUUGUUACAAACAAUUUAGAUAUUAGGCAGUUAUUCCUCUUUGAUAGAUAUACCAAUAGUUAUGUUCAUAAAGAUAUUAGUUAUUAACAGCUCAUUGAAAGUCUAAAUUCAAGUGAAAAGAGACAAUAAAGUAAUAAAUAACAUAAUAAAAUGAGCCGCGUCACGCCGAAACAACAUAAUGCGUUCGCACUAAGCAUGGAUCCAGACCAGCCUCUGCAUCCGCGCAGUCUGAUCAGGAUCCAUGCUGUUCGCUAUCAGAUUCUUGUUAUAGAGUUUGUAAGCGAACAGCAUGGAUCCUGAUCACACUGUACGGAUGUGCAGGCUGGUCUGGAUCCAUGCUGGUCGCAAACGCAUUAUGUUGGUUUUGUCGUGAUGUGGCUCAUUUUAUUAUGUUCUGUUAAUAGCUAAAUUGGUUAGAAAAUAAUAAACUAGUAUGACUAAAUGUUCUUAAAGAAAUAAUUCUUCUCUAGGAUAUGCAAUAUUGUUGUAGCAUUUAGUGUUAAAUUAGCUAUUAAAAAGGUGUCUUUUUUUUCUGAGUACAAUUCAAAAUAUAAAGAAGUUUUUAUUUGCCUUUUGUGCAAAAUAUGUAUAAAAGUUUCUUUAGAAUUUGAAUUAACAACUAAAACCGGUUUUAUACUUCACAUUGCAACACAUGGUGUAUGUUUUGUAUUUGAUUACAUGUACAUGUAAAUAAAUCAUCACCAAUCUUGACUGUUUUAACAUGUUGAGGGGGUGGGAUGGGGGGUUGGGGGCAGGGGUUACUAUGGUAAUUUGGUGUUUUUACAUGUAUAGUGUUGUGUAUAUAUUUAUGUAUAUUGCAAAAAAAAAUAUGUAAAGAUAUGUUUUAUAUGUCGUUAGAAAAUGCUGGAAGCAACUUGUUCCUGUUGAUUGUUGUGUGUGUAACAGAUUAAUGCAUUCCAGCAAUGACUUCCAGUUCAUUUAACUCGGUUUUUUUUAAGCUUGGAAAAAGUUAACCAACAUUUUGUUGUUUUGUUUUUUUCUUCCUCAAAUCAGGGAUUUUAAAAUGCGUUUUACGAAAAUAACAAUAUUUGGACAAUUAUUAAACUUGAAAAUUAAGCCUUUGCACACCAACUGGUGAAAAAUUAGACAAUUGAAACCGAACUUGAAUAAGCUUUUUGCAUUUCAAUUCUUAUCUCUUUUUUUUACAAUUUUUUUUAAGGAUUUUCUCAAGAUGAACUUUUAUCUUGAUAGUCCUUUUGUGUUGGAACUACUAUCAUCUUUUUAAUUUCAAGAAAAGAAAACAUCAUUUCAGUCUCAACAGCUUUUAACUACGUCAAACACCUCACAUUAACACUAUAUUAGUUUUAUAUGCAUCUUUUUUUUUCAAAACUUUUACACAAUAAUGUGUAGGACAGUUAAUUUUUUUUAUUUUAUAUUUUUGAUCAACUACAAUGUAGUUUAAUAAUUACUCUUACACUGCUGGGACCCAAAGUGAUUAGCCUUUGCCUUCAAUAAAGAGUCAAGCCAGCGUGAACAUUCGUGCACCCUGACCUGGUUCUCUAUUGAUAGUAUUUCAUAUUGAAAUCCCUUAGAAUUAAAACAGAUUUUUCUUGAUUCAAAGGAGGGCUUAUCCAUUACACAAAAAUUCAGCAGGGUUAAAGAGUUAUGCUAAUUGUUUUUAUUGAAAAUUAAUUUAUAUAGAGCAUUUAGUAUUGUGGAAACAUGAUCAUGUAUAGGAGGUGCGAGUUAUGCCAUUACAUGUGUAUACACAUAACUAUGUUCUUGUGUUUUUCUGUCGAGUGGGUCUAUGAAGGAGUCACAUUGCUGUAUGAAAUCCUUGUUUUUAUGUUCUUCAACAUUUUAGUCAGUACUCAUUAUCAUCUAAGCUCAACAAAUACAAAUCUUUGACCAUGGUUGUAACAUAUUUGAAUAAAUGAUGACAGAGUGAA